UACUCCCUGGCAGGUGGUCGAUGACAUCAUGAGUCGGUGGCGUCGUUCAGUGGAUGAGCUGGCAGUGCGGCGGCGGCAGCAGAGCGAGUGUGAGCGUGCUCAAGAGGUUCUCAAUCGAGUCACUUCCUGUUCACAGCUGGCGGCGUCGCUCGGUAGCUCGGCUGACUGCAGUUUCCUGCGAGACGAGAUGGACGAGACUCGAGCAGUGGCGCACCGGAUCUGCAGCGGUCUGUCCCGGCGUCUAGUGCGUCUUCUCUCAGACUGUGACUCCGCCUCCUCGGGCGAUGAGGACAGACAGCUGUCGGAGCGUCUGUGGGUUCUCUUCCUGUCUGCACUGGAGACAUUCCUGUCUGACCUUCGUACCUUGGCUCUGAUUGGAAAGUUCCCCCUGACUCAGCGCUACGACAGACGCUCACUCAUCAACUCAGGAUGUAUUGAUGGCGUGGUUGGCGUUGCAGCUCGGGUUGCUUCAGCACAGGUACCAUGGCUCACCUUGGAGGAGGAGCCGAUCCCUGAACUGGCUGAUCACAUAGCAGGACUGGAGACCAUGCUGAGUGAGAUGCAGCUCAGGGUUCCUGUUGCAUUCUGGUCAGUGGAGGCGACCCAGCCGGCCUGGGCUGAAGCUCACUGUGAACUGGACGAGCCAGACGACAGCCUGGAGGACCUGAUGGAGGUCGAGGUCGUCUCUUACAAUAAGAUGGCCGUCUGCUGCCAGGCACCGUGCUGCGGACUGAGUUGUGUCGGUUAAAGUACAACCUCUGACGUCAACGUGACCCCACUGACAGCAGGAUACUUGUGUCUUUUUAUCAACCAUUAGAGACCACUUAAAGAUACUAGACCCUUUAACUUGGUAAGACCGCUGUGAUAGCAAGGACCAGCAUCAAAGUAGAAGCUUUUCACCAGAAAUAAUAAUAAAAAAUAAAUGUGUCAUAUCACUUAAAGAAAACCAGAUAAAUAUAGUUUGCGGCAUGUUUCAGCUGUCGCAUUUGUUUUAGAUGUUUGCUGUGUUUUUCUUAA